ACAAUGCCCCGGUGCGGUGCAGCCGCGGAUGGAUGCUGCGGGAAGGGGCUGCCAUUUGCUGCCCCUGCCAGCGGCGCGCGGACCUGCCCGCGCUCCCGCUGCCUCCAGCGCCCUCAGCCCGCCCGGCCUUUGCAGCCGCACCGCCUCGGCUUCCUCCGCGGCCGCCGGAGCGGUCGCCAUGAACCCCAGCUCCUCGGCGGGAGAGGAGAAAGGGGCGACGGGCGGCAGCAGCAGCAGCGGAAGCGGCGCCGGGAGCUGCUGCCUAGGCGCCGAGGGCGGCGCGGACCCGCGGGGUGCAGGGGCAGCGGCUGCUGCUGCCCUGGAGGAGCCCGCGGCCGCCGGACAGAAGGAGAAGGAAGAGGCGCUGGAGGAGAAGCUGAGGGACUUAACUUUCCGGAAGCAGGUCUCUUACAGGAAAGCCAUCUCCCGGACAGGCCUCCAGCACCUGGCUCCUGCACAUCCUCUUGGCCUUCCUGUGGCGAACGGUCCAGCGAAGGAGCCCAGAGCGACUCUGGACUGGAGCGAGAAUGCUGUUAAUGGGGAACACCUAUGGCUGGAGACCAACGUCUCGGGCGACCUCUGCUACCUGGGGGAGGAGAACUGCCAAGUCCGAUUUGCAAAAUCCGCUGUCAGGAGGAAGUGUGCGGUCUGCAAAAUCGUGGUCCACGCUGCCUGCAUUGAGCAACUAGAGAAGAUUAAUUUCAGAUGUAAACCAACAUUUCGGGAAGGAGGCUCCAGAUCACCAAGAGAAAACUUUGUGCGUCAUCACUGGGUCCACAGGCGGCGGCAGGAGGGAAAAUGUAAGCAGUGUGGUAAGGGUUUCCAGCAAAAGUUCUCCUUCCACAGUAAAGAGAUCGUGGCCAUCAGCUGUUCUUGGUGCAAGCAGGCGUUUCACAAUAAGGUGACCUGCUUCAUGCUGCAUCACAUCGAGGAACCCUGCUCUCUGGGGGCCCAUGCUGCUGUCAUUGUCCCGCCCACCUGGAUCAUUAAGGUGAAGAAACCUCAGGCUCUCAACACUUGGUCAAACAUCUAUUAUAUGGUGAUCUCCAUACCAGGAGAUGAACUUGAACUUGGUUGGGCGGGAGACGGACCUGGUUGGGCGGGAGACUGGAGCCCCUCAGAGAAUUUGGGAUUCUUCCAUUUUUACUGGGAGGGUUGGCAGAACUCCCUGAAGGCUUCCAGUCGGAAGAAGAAAAGAACAAGCUUUAAAAGGAAAGCCAGUAAAAGAGGAACUGAGCAGGAAAACAAAGGCCGUCCUUUUGUGAUCAAGCCCAUAUCCUCUCCUCUCAUGAAGCCUUUGCUUGUGUUUGUGAACCCAAAGAGUGGGGGCAACCAGGGAACCAAAGUCCUUCAGAUGUUCAUGUGGUACCUGAAUCCACGGCAAGUCUUUGAUCUUUCUCAGGAAGGGCCAAAAGAUGCGCUGGAGUUGUACAGGAAGGUACCAAAUCUGAGAAUUCUGGCCUGUGGUGGGGAUGGAACGGUGGGCUGGAUCCUCUCCAUCCUGGAUGAGCUGCAGCUGAGUCCACAGCCUCCUGUGGGGGUCCUUCCACUGGGGACUGGGAAUGACCUGGCUCGGACGCUCAACUGGGGAGGGGGCUACACCGAUGAGCCUGUUUCUAAGAUCCUGUGCCAGGUGGAAGAUGGCACCAUUGUACAGUUGGACCGCUGGAACCUUCAUGUGGAGAGAAACCCGGACUUGCCUCCUGAAGAACUUGAAGAUGGCGUGUGUAAGCUUCCUCUGAAUGUCUUCAAUAAUUACUUCAGCCUCGGAUUUGAUGCCCACGUCACCCUGGAGUUCCAUGAAUCCCGAGAAGCAAAUCCAGAGAAAUUCAAUAGUCGUUUUCGAAAUAAAAUGUUCUAUGCAGGCGCAGCCUUUUCUGAUUUCCUACAGAGAAGUUCUAGAGAUCUAUCCAAACACGUCAAAGUUGUCUGUGAUGGGACAGAUCUCACCCCAAAGAUCCAGGACCUGAAGUUCCAGUGUAUAGUAUUUUUAAAUAUACCCAGAUAUUGUGCUGGCACAAUGCCUUGGGGAAACCCCGGAGAUCACCAUGAUUUUGAACCCCAGCGUCACGAUGACGGCUACAUUGAAGUCAUCGGAUUCACCAUGGCCUCUUUGGCUGCCCUGCAAGUCGGGGGCCACGGAGAAAGGCUGCACCAGUGUCGGGAAGUGAUGCUUCUGACUUACAAGUCCAUCCCCAUGCAAGUAGAUGGGGAACCGUGUAGGUUGGCACCCGCCAUGAUUCGGAUCUCCUUGAGGAAUCAGGCCAACAUGGUACAGAAGAGCAAGCGGAGAACCUCCAUGCCUUUGCUCAAUGACAUCCAUCAGGUGCAAGCUGCGGACCUGCGGCGAGUGUCUGCUCCCCCCGGCUCCUUUACCAUUCCCCAGUCUGUCCCAGAUCGCCUGAGGAUCCGAGUGAACAAAAUCAGUUUACAAGACUAUGAAGGACUCCACUAUGACAAAGAGAAACUCCGGGAAGCCUCUAUCCCUCUAGGUAUUCUAGUUGUUCGUGGAGACUGUGAUUUGGAGACUUGCCGUAUGUACAUAGAUCGCCUACAGGAGGACUUGCAGUCAGUUUCUUCUGAGUCACAGAGAGUUCAUUACCAGGACCAAGAACCCUCCUUCCCCAGAGCGCUCUCAGCUCAGAGGUUGUCUCCUCGGUGGUGCUUCCUAGAUGCAACUUCUGCUGACCGCUUUUAUCGAAUAGACAGAUCUCAGGAACAUUUGCACUUUGUGAUGGAGAUUUCUCACGAUGAGAUUUUUAUUCUGGACCCAGAUAUGGUAGUGUCACAGCAGGCAGGGACACCUCCAGGAAUGCCUGACCUGGUGGUUGAACAGGCUUCAGGGCUAUCUGACUGGUGGAACCCUGCCCUGAGGAAACGCAUGCUGAGUGACAGCGGGCUGGGGAUGAUCACACCCCACUAUGAGGACUCAGAUAUGAAAGAUCUCAGUCACUCCAGAGUGCUACAGUCGCCAGUCUCUUCAGAAGAUCAUGCAAUUUUGCAGGCAGUAAUAACUGGUGACCUUAUGAAGCUCAUAGAAAGCUAUAAGAAUGGAGGCAGCUUGUUAAUUCAGGGACCAGACCACUGUUCACUCCUUCACUACGCAGCUAAAACUGGCAAUGGGGAGAUUGUGAAGUACAUCCUUGACCAUGGACCUACAGAAUUAUUGGAUAUGGCAGACAGUGAAACGGGCGAGACCGCACUUCACAAGGCCGCCUGCCAACGGAACCGGGCUGUGUGCCAGCUUCUGGUGGACGCAGGAGCAUCGCUGAGACAGACAGACUCCAAGGGAAAGACACCCCAAGAACGAGCACAGCAGGCUGGGGACCCAGAUUUGGCUGCUUAUCUAGAAAGCCGACAGAACUAUAAGAUCAUUGGCCAUGAGGACUUGGAGACUGCUGUUUGACCCUGGUUGACAGGCAAAAAGAACUCAAGAAAGGGUAUCAUCUAUGCCCUCCUGGCCACUGGGCAGCUCCCCUGGAAGAAGCUAAUGGAAUCCGUAUCCGCCUCUCUCCUGCAAGGAUCUAUCUGAGACCACACUACCAGGUUUUAAGGGCUACUGGGAUGUACAACAGGACAUGAUAGCCCAUUGAGAAAGAGGCAGGCUACCUGGAGAUUUGUGGAGUACACGUUCCACAAAAUUUGAUCCUUAUUGCUUCCAGCAAGUAGCAUGAACUUCUGUGUUCACCUGUCUAAUUUAUUUUAAAGAUGCCGAGGAUGUUCACAUAAAUGGCACUGCUCCCUCCUCCCUCUCUGCAUUCAUCUUUCCCCUGUACCACAGGAUUCUACUGUAAUCCCCCAUCCAUUUAGAAAAUAUACUAUCUCUUCUCUUUACUUUCAGUCUUCCAACCACAAGGUUGUCUGAAGGUCUUUGAAACCCUCCUGGAUGUCUUGCAGAAAUAUAUCUGUAAAACCACUUCCAUUUGCAGACUAAAUAUACCAAGACUAGUUAGUGGCUUUGCA